AUGAUAUCAGAUUGCAAAAAGACGCCAUAUGGCCACUAUCAGCCAGCUGAACCAAAGAAUUCGAAACUGGAAUACAACUUCGGCCUAAUGGCACCUGAAGCCAUUGGUUUCCUAGUGCCCACCACAGCCGAUACGCCAAUGAAGACCAUGAGACAGAGGUUUGCCCAAGAUGGCUACCGUUUCGUGCGUAAAACUACAACUUACAGACAUAGCAAGACUAUCAAAUCUAGGGUCAAAAUUCUGAUGCCGCGAGACACCGCUCUUCAGUGUCGCCUGGCAUAUUUCGAGCACAUGGCACCCUCCAACCUGCUCAAACCUAACAUCUACUCCGGCGCCGAACGCAAAUACCUCCCACCGGGAAACCUACGAAUGUUUGGACUGAAGGACGACCCGGAAUCCGACAAGUAUGUCGAGUUCAUGAUCUCCGCGCACAUAACGCCCUUCUACCUCAAUUUCUACGAAAACAAGGAGCUCCACGAGCUUGUUCGCCGCUUCACAGUCUGGGAGAAAGAGGUCAUGUUGCACCGGACAAUAUUGUGGGCGUUCGCUCCUAAUUUGCGAAUUUACGCCUGUGCAUUACGACCACAUGUACCUCUGUGGUGGGUCACCGGCAAGCCUCACGGCGUGGAGAAGUCUGUAGAUAUCCGCCAAAUCACUGAUGACGAGUUCGCACGGAACGCGAGCAACUCGACGAAGGAAGAGCGCACAUUAGCGUUCAACAAGACCGUGAACGACGGCGCAUUUUGA